GCAACUAGGCAUCACCAGGUGCCGUUAGAUGUUACUACUGCAAAUGACACGGACUCUGUAUAUACAUAUAUCUCUUACAAAGAUUCAAUGCAUUUCUAGCUCAAGAUAACACACUUUAAAGAAAUGGGUGGUCAUGUAAUCCUCUUCCCUUUCAUGGCACAAGGCCAUAUCACCCCUUUCAUCUCCCUCGCCGAGCUCCUCCACCGCCGGUGGCCGGAGCUAACCAUCACCAUCAUCAACACCCCACGCAACAUCCAAUCCAUCCAAUCCUCCUUCCCUAAUUCAAUCCCCACCAUCCGUUUCCGUUCCCUCCCUUUCUCCCCUUCCGAACACGGCCUCCCUCCGAACACCGAGUCCACCGCCGGCCUUUCCUUCCCUCAGUUCCUCAACCUUUUCAUUGCCUCUGAGUCUCUCAGAUCACAAUUCACUCAGCUCCUCCACCAAAUCAUCACGGAAGACGGCGGCCGUCUUCCUUCCUGCAUCAUUUCCGACAACUUCUUAACUUGGACAGUCGACAUCGCCGAGAAACUCAACAUCUUCCACUCCACCCUCAUCACCUCCAGCGCCUACGGCACCGCCAUCUCAUUCACCUUAUGGCUUCACAUGCCCAAACUUCCAGCCAUAGAAACACACUCCUUAUCCUUACCAGACUUCCCAGAAAUUAACAUUCACUGGUCACAACUCCCCCGGCAGCUCUUCGUCCCCGACGACAACUUUGUUAGCAAGUAUUCAAGCUUUCUCCAACGACAAACCUUGCACUGCUUCAAAUCCAAUGCUAUACUCCUCAACACUGUCAAAGAGUUUGAAACCGCCGGCUUGCGCAUGCUAGAGAAGCUCAUCAUCGGCGUUCCUCUCUUCCCUAUCGGUCCUUUGCUCCGCCAACCAUCGCCACCAUCAUCAUCAUCAUUAUCUUUAUCUUUAUCUUCUUCUUCUUGUGUUGAGUGGUUAGACAAACACUCACCGGAGACGGUAUUGUACAUUUCGUUCGGUUCGCAGAACUCAAUUAAUUCUUCUCAGAUGAUGGAGUUGGCUGCUGGAUUGGAAGCAAGUGAAAAAGCAUUCAUUUGGGUUAUUAGACCUCCAUUUGGUGUCGAGUUCACCGGAGAAUUCAAACUGGAUCAGUGGUUGCCGGAAGGGUUUGAAGAAAGAAUGAGAGAAAAGAAGCAAGGUUUGUUAGUGCAUGCAUGGGCACCACAAGUGGAAAUACUUGCUCAUGAAUCAACAUCUGCUUUCUUGAGCCAUUGUGGAUGGAACUCAGUGUUGGAGAGCCUCAGCCAUGGAGUGCCAAUCAUUGGGUGGCCAUUGGGAGCAGAGCAGUUCUAUAACUCAAUGUUUUUGGAGGAGGUUGGUGUUUGUGUGGAGUUGGGAAGAGGGAACAGGGAGAAGAUGAGUUGUGUUAAGGUUGAGAAGGAGAGAGUGAAGAAGGUGGUGGAGAUGGUGAUGGGUGGAGGUGAGAAGGGAGUGGAGAUGAAGAAGAAGGCCAUGGAGAUUAGUGACAUGAUUAGAGGAGCAUUAAUGGAGGUUGACAAUGGUAAUGGUCUUGGUUCAUCUCUCCAUGGACUUGAUGAGUUCUGUAAUCUUGUUUUCUCUAAGUUGGACUAAGUGCAUGUUUUCAUUAGAGUGAUUAAUUUGUGUUUUUGAGCUUGUUUUGUACUUUUUGUGAUGAUGAUGAUGAUGAUGAUGGUGAGAAAUGUAGUACAUGAAAUGAUUAAUAUGAUGAAAUUUAUGGCUA